GAUCUGGAGAAGAGGGGAAGGGAGUGCGGACAUGGCAGGUGAGCCAGUCGGUGCGUGGAGUAUGCAGCCGACUCCAGCUGCAGGGGGUGGAGGGCGAUCCUUGGCCCCCCUCGCUCAACAGCCUGCUGUCAAAGCAGUGCACGUUUACAGAAAUGGAGACUCCUUUUAUCGUGGCCGCCGAAUGCUGAUUCAUGAGAAGAGGGUUGGCACGUUUGAGGUCUUCCUGAAGGAUGUCACCGGCGGAGUGCAAGCCCCCUUUGGAGCCGUGAGGAACCUUUAUACUCCUAGAAAUGGACACAGGGUCACGUCUCUGGGCGACCUUCAGCCAGGAGAAUGCUAUGUGGCGGCAGGAAGGGAAAGUUUUAAAAAGUUGGACUACCUACACAUUGGAGAAAACAAGAGAAGGACAGUAGACCCUCUGAGUCAGGUAAAACCGGUGUCUCACAGCAGGAUCAAUGUUUCAGCAAGAUUUAGAAAACAUUUUCAAGAGCCAUGCACUAUUUUCCUGAUUGCUAAUGGAGAUGUUAUGAAUCCAGUGAUACGCUUGCUGAUACCAAGGAGAGUUCUGGAUCAGUGGGAGCUAGUUCUAGCAAUGGUCACCGACAAAGUGAAACUGCGAAAUGGAGCAGUACACAGGCUAUAUACACUAGAUGGAACUCCUGUUCAAGAUGGAUCAGAACUAGAAAAUGGCCAAUUUUAUGUUGCAGUGGGCAGGGACAAGUUUAAAAAGCUGCCAUAUAAUGAUCUGAUAUUCUCAAAGGCCUCUGUGAGAAGAAGUUAUGGUUCAAAAGCAUCCUCAUUGCCUCCCAUUAAUGGAUACAGAAAGUCUAAGGAGAAUAGACAUGAACGCCAAAUUAAAUCCACUGGUGGAUCCACUGAUACUGUAGACAAUCUCAUUUCUCCUCAACCACCGAAGCCUAAGCCCAAGAAAAAUCCUGAAUCUCAAAUACUCUACAAACCAGUCCGAGUGAAACAGAAAAAGGAAAUGAACAAUAACAUCAUUUACACCGAAAAUGAUGAUGGCAUUUUCAAAGCUGGUGAAGACAGAUCAGAAAUGUGGGGGGCAUCAGAAGUUCAGGAAGAUGAAAACACUAAAGUGGAGGUUCCGGUUGAUCAGAGAGUGGCAGAAACUGUUGAGGAGGAGGUACAGGGCCACCAGGAUGCUGAUGGUGGAGAAGAUGCUGAUGAUGAAGAAGUCACAGAAGAUGACGUAGAUCAUGACAACAUCACACCAGAUGAAAAUGAGGAUCAUGGUGUCCUAAGCCAUGAAGUGGAGGCCAGUCAUGAGAAACUAAACAAUUACGUAGAAGAUUAUGCUAACCAUGAUGCUGAAGUGCCGGAGGAAGACCAACAUUUUAAUUCAGCGGACACGAAUGGUGAAAAUCUGGAGCAAAUAAAUGGUGAUAUAUAUGAAAAAGAAGAAGGCGAAGAUGAACACCCUGAUGGAAACACAGAUGAAAAAAGCCAGGCUGAAUAUUCUCUUCCAAGACCAACAUCAUCAAGACUUCUGGAGAAAGUCUCCACUCCUACUGACACAGAGAAGAAGGAUUUGGAGCCUGAAGCCUGAUCCAAGGGAGAGAUGACCCCUGUUUAUAGUUACUACCUUGAUACUUGAAUCUGCAUGUUUUACUGUAUCAUUACAAAGCUAGUUAAUGGAUGGAGGAGUAUGUUUGUAGACAUGUAUAUACAUUUUCAUUCUCUCAUAUUAAACACUUCAGUGUAUGCACUGUUUCUAAAGCGGAUUAUUUUUUAUCAAUAAUGUUCCUAUCUAUUUAUUAGGUUACUUUUUAUACUGUCAGGUGUUUUGUAAUUGUAACUUAAGCAUUUAUUUUGUUAAGCCAUAUUGCAUUAACAGGGGGUAAGGAAUCAUUGCACUACCUAUAUACA